CACCGACAACUCGAUCAUGACUUAUAAAUUCAUAUCCAUACCAAAACUCACAGCGCUUCUCGUCUUUUUUAUUGCACUAGUCAUGCACAAUGUUCUUAAAAAUCAGGUUGGGCCCGAAAAAGUGGCCGCCAUCAUGCUAUCAUGGCACUCUCUUGAGUUAGUCUCAUGCCGGAAAUUGCAGACAUUAUGGGCAGGGUAUGGAUACAUCUACGAGCUCAAAGCCCGAGCUACUAACGAUGAGACCGCUACCGAACUUCGAAAGAAAUAUAGUAAUAAUAAUACUCCUCAUACCAAAACCGGUGAAGAGUUGUUUCCACUCAUCCUCAAGUACAUAGCACCCCCACCCACAAGGCCAGGUUUCGAAGAUGAAGGGCAUUUGCGAAAAGUCAUGAGUUAUGGCGUUGAGCAAUACUUCUACAACUCUGUGGCUCCGCUGUUAGAAGAUGAUACAGCUGUGUCUCACUGUGUUGCUACAACACUGGAGUCUCACGGAAAACCAGGUGCAGGGGACCUUCAAGGUUUGACAGCAACAAUUAUGACCGAUCUGAAGCCUAGCUUUCCUAUUGCGGGAGAAAAAAGGUCAGAACUCAAUGAAAACCAGGUUUACGCCGCAUUGGAUUGGCUGUCGAGUUUCCAUAGAACUAGUCGAAGAUUCAUGUCGGCGAACCUGCAGGAAUAUGUGCGCCCUCCUCUCGAAGAAGCUGAGAGGCGACGUAAUGGAGACGACUCUGGCAAGACGUUGUGGCUUAAUGGAGGGUAUACAUAUCUUGCCACUCGUCGCAAGGAGUAUAAAGAACUUUGCCAAUAUGAGAACUCGGAAUGGUCUGCACUCUGCAAGCCAUUUGUCCCCGGCGGACAGGCCGUCUCCGAAAUGGUGGCUGACUUCCUAACUCCGCGUGGCCGAGACUAUGAGACCCUCAUCCACGGUGACGUCAAAUCCGAGAAUCUCUUCACGAUUGGAACCGGUAAAAAGGCUGCAUUCUACGAUUUUCAAUAUGUCGGCCUCGGCUUAGGUGUCUGCGACCUCGCUAAAUUAUUCACAUGUUCGGUUCCACGAGGGUUUCUUAUAGAGAAGGGCAGAGAACUCCCCUGGGCGCUUCCGAUGACCGUGGGCGAGAGCAAGCUUCUCGAAUAUUAUUAUUCGAGAUUAACCAAUGAUUUCAGAGACUCUGAGGGACGGAAGCUAGAGUAUGACUGGGAUUCAUUUAUUCGGCACUGGGAUACCGCGCUGGUUGACUGGUUGAGAUUCCAGGCGUCGUGGGGUUUCUGGGGUAACACGGACUGGCUUGAGGCCAGAGUUCGAUACAUUAUAACGAAUGAAGCGUGGAGGGAAUGGAUCCAAAAAGAAAUUGAAAUCGGGAUCUAAGUAGGUACCUAGGUUAGGUACCUGAUAUCAAGUUGUGAAUAUCAAGUUGUGAAUGUCAAAGAGAAUAGAAAGCUCCAUCCUAUGAAGGUGAGAUAAUCAUGGAGGCUGAAUUAGACUAUUCCCAACUAAAGGAAAUAAGCCUGGCAUUAUUUGUUGUCUGUUUCGAUUUUCGUGAGCUAAUCUUAGUAUCUAAC